AUGCAUACAAUAUCACGUGCAAAAUGGUUGCCAAGGUGUAGUACUUGCAGGAGCAUUGGACACAAGAAAUCAAGCUGUCCACGAAAAGGAAGGGGAAGUACAAGUGGAAGUGGAAGUGAGAAGGAGAAGAAGAAGAAGAAGAAGAAGAAGAAGAAGGAGAAGGAGAAGGAGAAGGAGAAGGAGAAGGAGAAGGAGAAGGAGAAGGAGAAGGAGAAGGAGAAGGAGAAGGAGAAGGAGAAGGAGAAGGAGAAGGAGAAGGAGAAGGAGAAGGAGAAGGAGAAGGAGAAGGAGAAGGAGAAGGAGAAGGAGAAGGAGAAGGAGAAGGAGAAGGAGAAGGAGAAGGAGAAGGAGAAGGAGAAGGAGAAGGAGAAGGAGAAGAAUAAUACCUCUUUAUUGUAG